AUGUCACAAAAGUCGGGAAGAGCCAAGCUCGACGACGUCACCAGAUUACUUUCCGAGUUAAAGGCCGACCUAGACGCGAAACAACUUUCCAUCGAGCAAAGACGGAAAUUGCUUGAACAACUCAAAGUAUACGGCCGAUUAGUCGACAACUCAGAUCCCAUAUUCACCGAAGAUGGCCUCCGAACUUUGGGUCGCUGUGCAUUUGACGGCGAAACUACACCAGCAUCACAAGAAGCACUUCGAUGUAUAGCCAACGCCCUGCUCCUCCAGCCUAAGACGCGGCAGAUCCUCGUCGACUUAGGCCAUGGCCCACAUGCAGCAGAGAAGUUGAAGAGCGACAGUAUCGACGAUGAAUUCCUCGCCGCCCGCGUCCUCUUCCUCAUGACCUACGACGCAAACCUCGACUACGCACAACUCGUACGGCAGAACCAGCUCGCAGACAGCAUCAACGCAGCCAUAGCACGCCAUGCCGCCCGGUACUCCAAAACUUCACGACAACCAUCCCAAGAGCACACACAACCCAUGGAACUCAUGGCGCUCUCCGAGACCCUCAAGCUCGUCUUCAACAUCAUCCACUUCCACAAAGACCUAAGUCCGCACUUCACCCCCAGCAUCCCCAACGUCUUCAGAAUGCUCGUCCGACGAAACCCAUCCUCUCCCCCGCUCGCGACCCCAACCCGCGAACUCGUCAAUGCCCUCCUGCACCUCGACCUAGAAGACCCCGAAGGCCAAAAAGCAGUCUUCCCCUCCUUCGAUCCAAACGUCAACAUCACGUGCCUCGUCACCCUGCUUGACAAAGCAAUCAUCGUAUACCCCCCAAAAGAGCUCGACGAUACUAUAACCCCCGUCAUCACCCUCCUCCGUCGCAUCUACGAAAUCGCCUCAGACCCGGUUAAACAAACUAUGCAAACGCUCCUCCUCCCUACCCCCGCCGAACGCGACAAGCCCCUCGGCAAAUCAGACACUUUAUCCUCGCGCCUCCUCAACUUGUCCACUUCGGCGCUUACGCCCACGCUCCGCGGCUCCAUUGCGUCCAUGUUGUUUGAACUCUCGCAAAAGGAUCCAGCGACUUUCGUUCAUAAUGUUGGCUAUGGGUUUGCAUCGGGAUAUUUGUUGUCCAAUAACAUUCCUAUGCCUGAUGAGGUUGUCAAGGCGAAUGCGGGCAAGGGUAUAGAUGAGGCCAUUCCGGUGAAUCCGAUUACGGGUCAAAGGUUGGAUAAGGAGGAGGUUGUGCAGACGGAGCCUAUGUCGCAAGAGGAGAAGGAGAGGGAAGCUGAGAGGUUGUUUGUGCUUUUUGAACGGCUUAAAGCGACUGGUGUUAUGGAUGUGCAGAAUCCGGUGGAGGAGGCAUAUCGCUCGGGGAGGAUUCAGGAAUUGGAUGAUGAUGAUGAUUCGGAGUAG